AUGAACGAGAUGGAUCCUUCUCCCCGCCCAGCCCAGGACACCAAGCAUCUCGCCGUUCUAUCCUAUCCUUUCCUCGACGCCCGCUUUUCCCUCCGCCAGCUCGACGACGGCCAGGCCAACGGCACUGCCUUGUGGCUGGGCGCCCAGUGCCUCUCCCUCUACCUCCCCUCCCUUCUCAGCUCUCCCCGAACACAUCACACACAUCCCCGCCCUGCAGCUCUCGACCUCGGCAGCGGCAUCGGUCUUACUGCGCUGGCCCUGCGUUCUUUGGGCUGCGACGUUCUCGCCACCGACACAGAACAGGUCGUCUCGAGUGUCCUCCGCACGAACAUACUCAAUAACCCACCCCCCUCCACCGCUUCCCCCGGAGCCAUCCAAAUACGUGAGCUCGACUGGACUAUAUCUCCACGCGACUGGGACUGGUCACAUCCAUCUGCCAUCGCGUCCCGGUCACCGCGUGCGCACCCCUCGUCCGCCGAUUCACAUGCUAUCACUACCGCCCCAAACGCCUCGCUCAGGCCUCCCUUCGACCUUAUCGUCUCUUCCGACACCCUCUACUCCCCCGCACUCGUCACCCCGCUGCUUCGCACACUUCACGCCGUCAGCACUCAAUCUAUCGCCGCAGGCGCGUCGCGCCCUCCGCCCGUGUACUUGUGCAUCGAACGCAGGGACUCCGCCGUCAUCGAUCGCGCCCUGACCGAGGCUAGCACCCUGUGGGGCUUCGCCGUGGAGCGCGUCCCCCAUCGCAAACUCGCGAAAGCAAUGGCAAAGGGCGGCGUCCGCUGGGCCCGCGAUGAUUGGGAGGGCGUAGAGUUGUGGAAGCUCGUCUUAAAACGCUCUUCUUUCCCUGAGUCGGACCUUGUCUGAACGGCAGUACCGCAGUCCCAUCGAGCGAUCGGCUUCACUCGGGGGUAGAGCGUCUGCUCCUGUGUGUGCCCUCGCGCCGGAACGCAUCGUGGCUCAAUGCUUCUCUACGUUCCAACACACGGACAGGGUGGCGACUUGGUCCACCGAUGCAGCACUCACAUUCUGACCGGAAGAUGCAC